AUGAAAACCAAGGACAUUGCUUAGUCUCUCAUUCCAGAAAAUAAAUAGCAGUUUUCAUUUAUUUAUUAUUCUCUAUAGAUUAUUAGAUAUUUAUCUACUCACCUUUUAUAAAAAGCCCUCAAUAUAACCAAUCCCUCAAAAUCAACCUAAUACAAAGAGAAAGUUUUCUAUUAAACGAAAAGCAGGCUCUGUUAAAGAAAUAAUUUAAGAAAAUACUAAGACAUUUAAGGAUCAUCUACAUUUACAACCUUUAAAAUAACAUUAAUUUUAAAGAGUUCUAUCUUAAGAUACUAGAUGUCAAGAUAUUCCUCAAGAAAUUGCUACAGAAAGACCUUCUCUUUCUAAAUCUAAUAAUAAAAGAUACAAAAGUGUCAAUCUCACCAAAAAGUUUUAAUAUUUACAUUAAAAAAUUGAACCAUUAGAAAACAACCUAAAUAUUAACUAAUAUCAAUCAUAUAGAGUCAAUUCUUCUAAUAAAAAUCCUAUAAAUAAUAAUUUUGAAUCUAAAUGGAAAAGCUAAUUAACAUAAUUAGAAUAAAUUAGUUAAAACUCAGAAAUUUAGCAGAUUCAUAAUCCUUGCUAAAAUAAAACAUUAAAUAAAAAAUUGAUAUUCCCAAAAGAAUUCUCAACUAAUGGCCUUUAUAAAAAAUAUUUCGCUUGA